AAGGAGCACAAUGAGUGGUGGCAAGGAGCUAGUGUUGGAGACGCUGAGGAGGGCCACCAGCCAGGAGGCGGAGGUUCUCAAGCCAGCAGAGCAGCAGCUGCAGCAGUGGGAGACUGAGCCAGGCUUCUAUUCCACGUUGGUUGAGAUCUUCUCGGAGUACAGUCUGGAGGUGAAUGUGCGGUUUCUGGCUGUCCUUUACUUCAAGAAUGGGGUGGACAGGUACUGGAGGAAGACUGCGCCCAACGCCAUCUUAGAGGAGGAGAAGACCCAGAUCAGAUGUGGCCUCCUGCACAACCUGAGGGAGCCAGUGUCGCAGGUGGCCACUCAGCUAGCGGUUCUCAUUGCUAAGAUCGCCCGGGUGGAUUGUCCUCGGGAAUGGCCAAACCUACUUCCUUCUCUGUUUGAGGCAGUGAAGAGCAACGAUGACAUAGUGAGGCACCGCUCGCUGCUCACCCUGCACCAUGUCAUCAAACAACUAGCAUCAAAGAGACUUCUCGCAGACCGUCGCACAUUUCAGGAGCUAACGAAUCAGAUGUUCUCAUUCUUGCUGGAGCUGUGGCGGAUGCAGACAGAAGCCUUUUUGUCUGCUGGGGGUCAGGACAUGGAGAGGACCGCCCCCAGCCUGGAACUCUCACACCUGGCCCUCAAGAUCUUGCGCAAGCUGAUUAUCCACGGCUUCAAAAAACCUGAAGAAAGUGAAGAUGCUAUAUUAUUUUUGAAAAGCAUAUUUGACCAAGUGAAAGUGAUGUUGACAUUUAGAAAACAAAAUGAAAGCAACGAUCAUAUAAAAUUAAUCUCGGAGAAAUACAUUGUACUCUUGACCAAGGUGCUGAGAGACAUGCUUGAAGAUUUUCCAUUCUCAUACGUGCAGUUCAUCAAGCUUACUCUGGAGCUGGCCGUGUUCUAUAUAUUCACUCCAAAUGGCGACGGACUCAUUUUUGAAAGGUUCACCGUGCAGUGUCUGAAUCUGAUCAAAGCAAUUCUCCUUUGUCCCGAGUACAAGCCCUGUAAGGUAGUGGAAGAAACCAAGAACCCCCAAACUUUAGAGGCAUUCAGGAUCAAGUCAAGCUUCUUCACCACGUCCGUUCUGGCGGGGAUGUGCCACAAGCUGAUCUCCCACCACUUCCUGCUCACGCCGGAGGAUCUUGAAGUUUGGGACUCGGACCCUGAAGGCUUCUGCAUGGAAGUGGAGGGCGGUGAGUCUUGGAAGUACAGUCUUCGGCCCUGCACCGAGACAUUGUUUGUGGCACUGUUUCAUGAGUACCGCAACGCCCUCACUCCGGUACUGAUGGAGAUGGUGCAGUCCUCACACAACCCCGUAAGCCCCAGUGACUUUAUGGGGAUCCUACAGAAAGAUGCCGUGUAUAAUGCUGUUGGACUUGCUGCCUUUGAGCUCUUUGACGACAUCGACUUUGAUCAGUGGUUCACAACUUUCCUAAUCAACGAGCUGAAGGUCAAGGACUCCAAUUACCGCAUCAUUCGGAGGCGCGUCAUCUGGCUUAUAGGGCAGUGGACGAGGGUCAAGUUCUCGCCUGAGCACCGGCCAACGCUGUACGAGGCUUGUAUUCACCUGCUGGCGGCCGAGGAGGACUUCGUGGUGCGGCUGAGUGCGGCGAUGACACUGAAACACUCAGUGGAUGACUUUGAGUUUGACCCCGAACAGUUCAUGCCGUACCUGCCCACGAUCUUCGGCCUCCUCUUCAACCUCCUCAAGGAAGCUCAUGAGUGUGACACAAAGAUGCAGGUUUUGCAUGUGAUGUCCUUCAUGAUAGAGGUGGUGGGUGUAGGGAUACAGCCCCAUGUUGCCCCACUGGCCCAAUACCUUCCCAGUUUGUGGAGUGAGUCAGCUGACCACAACAUGCUCAGGUGUGCUAUUCUCACCACCCUGGUCCACAUGGUUACAGGACUCAUGCAAGAAAGUGAACGUCUACACGACUUCUUGAUCAACAUUAUCCGGGUGUCGACGGAUGUUGGGGAAGAUUGUCACGUGUACCUGCUGGAGGAUGGCCUGCUGCUGUGGCUGACAACUCUUGAGAACACGGCUCACCCUCACGAUGCUCUCCUCCACCUCUAUGACAACAUGAUGCCAUUGAUGGAACUCUCUUCUGAAAAUCUGAGACUCUGCCUGCAAAUCACCACAGCAUACACAUUGCUCUGUCCUCAGCAAUUCCUUGCAAAGUAUGGCACCCGUCUCAUCGAAACUUUCCGAUCCAUGAUGGCGGACCUAAAGAACGAGGCGAUUGUUCUUGUGCUCCGGGCAGUGGAAAUGAUCCUGCGUGUGCUGCCCUCGGAGGGAGCUGCUCUCAUCCAGCCGCUCCUACCGGGCAUGGUGAAGAUAGUGGCUGAAGGGGACCAGUAUCCAAAUGUCAUGUCCAUGUACCUCUCAGUAGUGGCGAGGCUGGUGCUCUACGCUGAACCCAUCUUCACUUGGAUUGUCAACCAGGCGGCCAGCAAUGAAAGCACAACUCCUGAGGAUAUGCUGGAACACAUUACCAGCAUAUGGGCAGACAAGUUGGCGCUAGUAUCUCCAGAGGAGCGGCGGAAACUGUGUGCUCUCGGCCUGGCCCAUCUGUGCGGCUCCGGCUGGCCCCCCGUCAUGAAGGUUUGGCCUGCCGCUAUUACUGCCAUUGUGGAAGUGGUCUAUGAUGUGACGAUGGAAGACUCUGAUCAAGAUAAACUGGUCAUCAAUGGUGGGCGCAUGGGAUCACCCGAGCCGUAUGAACUGGAGACAGAACACGUGCUGCGCCGCCAAACAGUGGCUCAGCGGGACCCAGUGCACACCACCUCCCUGAGAGUGUUCCUUGGUCAGCAGAUGAAGCGGCUGCAGGAGAGCACCAACCCAGCAACCAUCAUGACCCUUGCUCAGGAUCUUGAAGAGAACUGUCGAAAGGUUCUGGAAGAGGUCACAGUACAGUGAAUUUUUCUCAUCUAAGAUUUGUGACUAAAAGGGAAUAAGGUUUAUGAGAUUCCAUAUGCUGCUGUGAUUGUUAAAAAAUGUAAGAAUACAUUAGGCUUUAAGAGGUGUCUUUAGUUUCUCUCAUCAUGAAAUUAAAAGGCUACACUUUCCAACAACUUUGGUUUAUUGUUGAAAAGUGUUAAGCUCAAUUCUGAUCCUUACUUACAUUAUAAAUUUUCUGGAUACCCUGAUGGAAUAGUUAUUGUAGAUGAAUAGAUAUGUCUGCAUCUAUCUACAAAUUAUUUAUGCAUAUAUAUAUAAUAUAACAAUUCUUAAACUAUAUGAAUGAAACUUUGCAUGUAUUUAAUGUCAUGCAUUGUAAAAUAAUUAGGUUGUGAAAAAUUCAGUACAACAGUUGAAUAUGACGCAUUCAAUAGCAACCAUCAUCAAUUUGUAUUCUGUUGUAAUAGAACUGGUAUUGCAUUAUCUUUGCAAGCAUUAUUAAAUUAAUUUAGUACAAUUCAUUCAGGGAAGCAUUCACAUUCAAUUUUUAAAAUGUAUCACAGUCUGGAUUUUGCUGCUACAUAUAAUACUGUAUUAUACUUUUUAUUUAAAAUUUGUAUAAAACAUGGAAAUAUUUGUUAACUAUGAGUAAGGUUUUUAUAUUGCAGCUGUAAAAGUUUCUUAUUAUAAAUAUUGCAUACAGACUGUAUGACAAUUGUUAUGCAGGUAAUAUAAGUUACCGCUAAUGGUAUGCCUUAGUUUGUGAAUAAAUUUUGUUUUAUGUGUUUUUAGUUUUAUAAAGUAUUUGUGAAAAGAGCUCAUGCUUCAGAAUUUUGAGUCCCAAUGAGUAAUUUCAUUGUUUGCAAAUUAUCAGCCUUGCUACAAAUACUUUUGUACAACACUAAAUUUGUUUUGGUGCUAAUCCCAUAUAUGUAUGUAAUGUCGGGCUCAGCUUCUACGUGAGCAAUGCCUCAUCAGGAAAUAAAUACAUGUUAUUUAUGCUUCCUUGAAGCAUAUCGAUUCAGGCAACAAAUUUUCAUUGCAACGGGUCCUUGCUAAGAGUGUUUUAACAUAAAUCUGAACACCCUCUGCUAAAUUUCUCCCUGAUGGUAUCAACACAUCCACAGGCUGUAAACCCUCAACUAAGGUGGGUCAUGGAGAACUUGACUUUAUUCUGAAUCAGACUCUCAAUGGUGUUCUGUAAUUCAAAUGGUAAGGAAGGUCAGAUUCAGUUUUGGCUUGAGGGUUUUUAAAAAUUGUUAUGUGGUGUGUGACAUUGAAUUAUAUAUUUAUAAGGGGAGAGGAUGUGCUUUCAGAAUUCCCUGGAUUUACAUUAACUGUUGAAAGAUACUAAACCGAAUUUACUGUCACAAUCCAGAAUAAUCUUUCAGGAAUGAAAGAUUUCUUUUUUUUUUCUUUUUCUUUUGGAAGACCAAGAUGAAAAUACUUGAUCUUUGAGGCUGUGUUUUAUGCUCCUUGCUCAUCUCAGCAUGAUGCAAUUCAUAGGUUUGAUGGAGAGAGCAAAGGAAUAUAAUAGAGAUGCUGGAAAAGGGUAAUCUAUAAAGUGUUGAUAGCUUUCUCUGAUAAGGUACUGUUCACUGGAGCUUUAAAGUUGAUAUAAUACCUAGAGGAACUGAAGAAAGUAAUAGCGUCUUCCAUUUAGCGUAACCCAUUUCUGGGUCGUGAUCUGUAAAGUCCCUUGAUAGAGAGAGUCCCAAAGACCUAGAUUUGGACGCCAUUAUUGGCCCUGUUUUCGCCGCGCUUUUCAAACAUUAGCACACGCUCUCUUUCGUAUUUGUUUCAGUGGAUAACCCGUAUGGCUGUGAAACAAUUACAAAAGAGAGCGUGUGCUAGUGUUUGAAAAGCGCAGUGAAAACAUGGCCAAUAAUGGCAUCCAAAUCUUUGCUUGUGGGAACUCUAUCUAUCAAGGGACUCUACAGAUCAUGACCCAGAAACAGGUUACGCUAACUGGAAGAUGCUAUAAUUUGCAUUCCUAAAUAGGGACUACUUUUUGCCAAAAGUUUCUGAGCACACGUGAAAGUUUAUUAUACACCCUGUUCGUUCUUUAGGUGCAUAUAUAUAUAUCUUGCGAGCUUAAAUAGUGUAUAUCAUCCAUUUCAUAUUUACCUCCUCCUCCCGUGAUAAUUGUGACACAACAUAGGUGUGCGCAGUACUGUUAUUCUGUCACUAGACACGGGUGCUGUUGUAGCUGCCAGUGUCCUCAGUCUUGGGUUUGCCCUAGUGUGGUGUUGUCUCAUUUGUUUUGCCUGCUUUAAAUAUUGUUCAAAUUAUGUGAAAUUCACACUACAAUUAUUAUUUUUUUUUUCAUGAAACUGAGUUUGCGCAAAAAACGAACAGGCUGUAAAGAUGUCUUAUACUGCAUGCAAUGUACAUAGGGCUUCUUGACAAGGUAUAAUGUGUCAUAUUACAGCUAAAACAUGGCGCUGGAAAUGUGGUCAUACUUGAAUCUUGAUUGCAUUGUAUAAGCUAAAUUUAUUUAUAAAGCAAAAUCAGACUGUUAGUGUGUGUAUAACUAUAACGUUAGCUCUGAAUUUAAACUGAAAAUAAUUGAAAAAAUUUAGUAUGUCAGCAAAAUCCUUAUCAGUGAAGAAUGUUACACACACAUACCUGCAGGGCCAGCGGCCUCCGUGGAGAGGCUGCCUCAUCUGCAAGAGAUGCUUGGCCUUAUGUGUGUUGUCAACUGAGAAGAACAGGUGUCAGUUACUUUUACCAUGACCCUAAUUCUUAAGCAUCAUUUGUCAUCUGAAAAUAAAUAUAUUUUAUUGAAAUCAAAUAAAAUAUUUCUGAAU